AUGCAUGCGGUCGCCAUAGUGUUGGUGUUCAUUGUCGGCAUUUCAAGAGCAAGAAGAACUCAGCCUUGUAGGUUGGAUUUCGUUCUAGUCAAACCUAAAUCGUUGUUUACGAUCAAUGCUCGGAACCACUAUUGUGCUAACCUCACUGAAACGAGAACUUGGCCCUCUUACGGUUUGUGCCCAUAUCAACCUUAUCCUGGCAAUAAGAAGAUGUUAUUCAGUACAGCUGUUGAUGAGGAUUGCAAUGACGAGAACAGUACAACGAAAUUUAUUCCUUGUCUGUUUUCCGGCGGAUUUUCUUGCAUAAUGGCAUUUGUCGGUUCGGAAGACGUCAUAUCGGGUUGUAUUCGUGAUGGUGGUGAACGGCUUGUCACUUUUGAGAUAUCGCCAAACAAUUCAGAAGUCAGAAAUGUCGUGAUCAUUGAUGAUGUUGCUAUCUACAAGUAA